AUGGCACUGCUACUGGUAACCUCACUACUGACGACGAUGUUGCUGCUUUGCGUGGCUGGAGCUCCACUUGAAGGUGACCAAUCAGCCACAAACCAAAAAAUGAUGCUGCUUCCGGAAUUGAUAUCCAACGUACUGAUGAGUUACUUCCGGCAUCCCUACCAACCGGUACAGUUUUAUCUGGCAGCACACGAUGCGGUUCAUCAGCGGGUACAGCUGGAUGUAGUAGAUAUGGUGCUGCGCUACAUAAGUGGAUACUGCACGGUGACUUUUACGAACUUUGGAGAAUACCCUCGACCGGGGACAGCAGUACAGCGGACGAAUGCAAUCCUGUUGGGACAGGACGUCGGUGCGUUUGAGCGACUGUUGGAAAGUUUCAGUACCACCGCGAAUGAUUACUCCGGGCGUUAUCUGCUUGUACUGACCACGCUCACCUCCCAGCAGAACAUCGAGUGGCGUUGGCUAUUCAAGCUACUCUGGCAGCGCCACAUCGUACACGUGAACGUACUGCUAGCGACGUCGAACGGAACUGUGCGGGUUUACAGCUACGAACCGUACUCUCCGAACCAUUGUGCCCACCCGGUGGUGAAGCUGGUGACGGUCUUCAGGCACGGUAGCGUCGAGAAUCGGCACCAUAACCUAUAUCCCCGGCGAAGAAUCACCAGUCUCCAUAAUUGCACCGUGCAGGUUGGUUCGUUCGAAGCGAAACCGUACACCUUUUUCCAGCGCAAAGUUGACGGGUUUGUAGAACUCGGCGGGUUCGAAGGUGAUCUGCUCCGUCUGCUCGCCCACCGUUUGCAGUUCCGCGUGAACGUGACCGAGUCACCGCAUCAGUUGCAGUGGGGUGUAAUUGGACCGCCCGGUAACAGUACCGGUACGAUGCAGCUGGUACAGGACGAGCUGGUCGAUCUGGUAAUAGCCUGCAUGGCGUUGGACGUAACGCGAUCGUUCUAUCUGAAGGCGGGCAUUGCCCACUAUACGUCCCGCAUUCUGUUUGCCGUACCGCAGGGUCGCCCGUACAGUGCGUUCGAGAAGCUGUUCCGGCCCUUCGGGGCCGAUGUUUGGGCUGCUUUGGGUGGAAUGUUGGGUGUUGUCGUGACCGUCGUUGGGGUGCUCAGCUGUGGCCGGCGGCCCCGUACGUGGCGUCGGUUUGUGUAUGGACCGUCCGGACGUAUGCCACUGCUGACGGCACUGUACCUGCUGUGGGGCGGUGCGGUGGUAGUCGUACCGAGACGCAACUUUGCCCGUUCGCUUCUUGUCCUUUGGCUUUGGUUCACGUUCGUGUUGCGCACGGUGUACCAGGGUUCGCUCUAUUUGUAUCUGCAGCGUAGCGCGACCUAUCCACCGCUCGCCACGCUCGACGAGAUACAUCGGUCAACGCUCCACUAUCACAUGGUAAACAUUGCGAUGCGUUUCUUCGUCGAUCGGCCGGACAUUAAACCGCGCGCACGCUUCAUACCAGCCGGGCUGGAUACGCUGGGUGAGCUGGUGGCCGCGAUGGCCACCCGCUAUCAUGAUCGGGUCGUCGUCUGCCCGCAGGAUAUGGUCGCGUACAGCAAUAAGAGGUACCGUCUGCAAGGUGCGGUCGAACUCGUACAGGUGACGCGCGAAUCGGUCACACACUUCCCGCUCACGAUAUACUAUCCGAAGAAAUCAUUCCUCACGCAGCUGUUCGACCGGGAGGUAAGACACAUCGUGGAGAGCGGCCUGAUGGACUAUUGGGUGCGCAACUACGGUGAUUAUGACUUUGAAGCGAAUCGUCGAACACCGCAGAAUUCUGGCGAACCGCACAAGCUGACCCUGAAGCACCUGGAAGGUGCUUACCAACUGCUGGUCGCUAGCCAUCUACUUGCAACGGUGGUUUUCCUGCUCGAGCAAGCAUCCUUGCGUUCGCCAACGUUACGGCGCGUGUUGGAAUUUUGUAUGGAUUAG